GGUCUCAGGGCCGGAGGUGCGAUUUACAGCCCUGGACAGAGGCCUUUCUCAGAGCGUCAGGACAGAGGGAAGGCUCAGAACGGCAGACUUCCCCAAAGCAGCAGAAAAUGAUCACGUCACAGAUUUCUUUUGAGGAUGUGGCUGUGGACUUCACAUUGGAGGAGUGGCGGCUACUAAAUCCUACCCAGAGGAACUUGUACCGAGACGUGAUGUUGGAGACCUACAGCAACCUGGUGUUCCUGGGUCAUCAAAGUGUCAAACCUGAUGCCGUUUUCAAGCUGGAGCAAGAGCCCUGGACAGUAAACGAAGAAAUAGUAAGUCACCACUUCUCAGAAGAACUCUGGAUAGAUCAUAAUCUCAGAAUGUGGCACCGAGAUAAUGGAGACAAGCUUAAAAGCAUGGAGAGAGGCCAUGAACAUGAUGUUUUGGGUAAAAUAUUUCAUUCAAGCAUUAACUUCAUUCAUUUAGGGAUGAGACUCCAUAAAUGUGGCACCAGUGAAAAAAAUCUGAAUCAUCCUCUUGAUUUUCUUCAUAAAAAUAAUCGUGGAGGAAGGAAACUUGAGCUCAAUAAAAAGCUGUUAUUCUAUAUGAAAACUGACAGGGCCCAUGGUGGAAUAAAAUACUGUGAUGGCAAUAAAUGUAGAAAGAGCAGCAGCAAAGAGUCAUGGCUCAUGACAAACCAUGUAACACACAGAGGAGUCUAUCUGUGCAUGGAAUGUGGCCGAGUUUUUAACAAGAAGUCACAGCUUGUUGUGCAUCAGAGAACUCACACAGGAGAGAAGCCCUAUGGGUGCAGUGAGUGUGGGAAGGCCUUCUCCCAGAAGUCCCUGCUCACUAUCCAUCAAAGGACGCACUCGGGAGAAAAACCAUAUGGGUGUGGUGAAUGUCCAAAAGCUUUCAGUAGGAAGUCACUGCUCAUUUUACAUCAGAGAACACACACGGGGGAGAAGCCCUAUGGCUGCAAUGAGUGUGGGAAAGCCUUCAGCAGGAAGUCACAGCUUAAAAGACACCAGAGAACCCAUACAACAGAGAAGCCUUAUGAAUGCAGUGACUGUGGGAAAGCUUUCUCCCAGAACCUAAAGCUCAUUGCACAUCGGAGGACGCACACCGGAGAGAAACCCUACACCUGCAGUGACUGUGGAAAAGCCUUCUUUUGGAAGUCUCAGCUCAUUACUCAUCAGAGGACUCACACCGGGAAGAAACCGUAUGCAUGUGGUGAGUGUAAAAAAGCCUUCAGCAGGAACUCACUCCUCAUUAGACAUCAGAGGAUUCACACAGGGGAGAAACCCUAUGAAUGCAGUGAAUGUGGUGAAGCCUUCAUCAGAAAACCACAACUUAUCAGACAUCAGGUAACUCACACAGGAGAGAAGAACUACCAGUGCAGUGACUGUGAGGAAGCCUUCUUUAAGAAGUCAGAGCUAAUUCGACAUCAGAAGCUUCACUUAGGAGACAAGCCCUAUGCGUGUGUGGAAUGUGGGAAAACCUUCUUUGGGAAGUCACAGCUGCUUACACAUCAGAGAACUCACACUGGAGAGAAACCUUUUGAAUGCAGUGAAUGUGGGAAAGCCUUCACCCAGAAGUCCAGCCUGAUAUCCCAUCAGAGAACUCACACAGGUGAGAAGCCCUAUGAAUGCAGUGAGUGUGGGAAAACGUUCAGUGAGAAAUCAAGUCUCAUUCACCAUCAGAGAACCCAUACUGGAGAAAAACCCUUUGAAUGUAGUGAAUGUAGGAAAGCUUUUGCCUGGAAGCCGCAGCUUCUUAGGCACCAGAGAAUACAUACAGGGGAGAAACCCUAUUCAUGCAGCGAGUGUGGAAAAGCCUUUGUUCAGAAAGUGCAGCUCAUUAAACACCAGAGAAAUCACACAGGAGAGAAAGCCUAUGGAUGCAGUGAUUGUGCAAAAGCUUUCUUUGAGAAGGCACAGCUGAUCAUACAUCAGAGAAUUCAUACAGGAGAGAGACCCUAUAAAUGUGGUGAGUGUGGGAAGUCUUUCACUAGAAAGUCACAUCUUAUGAGGCAUCAGAGACUUCAUACAGGAGAUAAAUACUGUGGGUGCAAUGAGUGUGGGGCUACUUUCAACAGGAAGUCACAGCUCAUGAUCCACCAGAGAAAUCAUGUCAGGUAGAAAGCACAUGAGUGCAGUGAGUGUGGAAGGCCUGCUAGCAGACACUUUGCCUCCUGAUAUUUCUGAGGACACACAGGAGAGGAACCCUAUCAAUGCAGUGACUGUUAGAAAAAGUUUUAUUGGAAAGGCAAGUGUCACUAAACAGAAUUCAGAAAGAGGACAUUUUUUGGUAGACACUAUAAGAAAGCCUUCUCCCAGAAGACACAAUUUAUUACACAUUGAUGAGUUAUCUAUCAAUAUUGUGAUAGUACAGAACCUUUUGAUUAAAAAUGAAAGCUCAUUAAAUAUUUAGAAGACCUGAACAGGAGAAAAACUGUAUAGUCAUAGCAAGUGAAGGACAGCAAGUGAGGAUAACUCUCAGCAUAGUAGAGAAUGUGUGCAUAGGGGAAUACUGAGUAUUAGAGAUUUCAUGUGGAGGAGGAGUCCUAAUAAUCUGAGGGGUUUGUAAGCAUGAUCCUAUUGAAAUAAUACUAUAAAGAGGUUGUGUUUGUUGCAUACAAAUUAUAUAAAAGAUGGUCAUUUUUCAAUGGUAGGUGUGUUUUAAGUGUGAAGACUUCUUUCUGCCAUGGUGGUAGAGCAAGGAAUAGAUGAACUCUCUUGCUUUAAAUGGCUAAAAAAACCCCUGUACAGUAUAUAUCAAAUAAUGGUUUUUAGACAUGACAAGCACAGGUUUGUGACCUGUGGUAGGAGGAGGACAAAGUGGUGGCAGUUUCCAGGCUGCAGUUCAGGGAAGGUAACAGACACGAUAGUGCUGAAUUGAGUAGAGCUGCUGAAUUGGCACUUGGGGAAGCCACCAUAGCUAGAAUUUGCAAGGGGAAGUACUGGAAAAGAGGGAACUUCUUAGGGAGAGGACUGCAGAAAUCUACAAGGCAUCCCCUGGAGCCUUUAGACUUAGUAUCAAUUUGCAUAUCUGUGAAAAGAAACUUCCUGAAACCAGAUAAAGUAGGACAGAGAGAAGGAGGCUGAACAGUUCCUAGAAUUCAGUGCCGGGCUAGGAACAGUUCCCACCAGCCAGAGUGGAAACAAGUUUUAAUGCACAGUGCACCAUACAGAAUCCCCAGCAGCCUGCUGCCUCAGUGGUGACAGUGACUAAUGCUAGAUUCAAAGCUACUCUGGGCCCACAGUGUCUGGCAUCCAAAAGCAUACUGGCAUGCAAAAUAGUAGGAAAAUGGGACUGGUAACAAGUAGAGAUCAGUAGAAAGAGACCUAGAAAAUACUGAAGUGGUUGGAAUUAGUACACAAAGAUGUUCGUAUAGCUAUUAUAUAGAGGAAAACAUGAAUCUGAUGAAACUUGAAGUGGAAGAUAUAUUUUUAAAGCCCAAAUGGUACUUCUUGGGAUGAGAAUAACAUCUUAAAAUUUAAACAUAAAUGGUGUAAUUAAUAACAGAUUAAACACAGAAACACAAAAAAUAAUGAGCUUGAAGAGUAAAAAACAAAAACUAUCCAAAUGAUGUACCCAGAGAGAAAAGACAGAGGGAAGAGAACGGGGAGUUGGCUACAGUGUGUAACAUAGAGGGACUGGAGUCCCAGGAGGGAAGAGAGAAGACACAAAAGAAAGUGUCUGAAUAAGUAGUAGCUGAAAGAAUUCCACAUACAUGAAAAGUGUAUCUCCACAUAUUCAAGAAGCUCAGAAACACAAAACAAAACAAAACAAAAUCAUGCAAUGACACCAUGUCAAUUGAAUGAAAACCUGUGUGAACAAUAGUUAAGAACCUGAAGGAAAAAGAAGACAUGAAGGGUGACAGCAAACUUCCAGUCAGAAACUAUGCAAGGUAGAAGACAGUGGAGUCACAUCUGUAAAUUACUGAGGGCACGAAAAAACCUACAGUAGAGUUCUAUUACCCAUCAAAGAUGAAAGCAAAAAAAGAAUUUUCAGAAAAACAAAAUCAAAGAGAAUUUAUAUCUGGCAGACCUGCCUUCAAGAAACAUUAGAAAAUGGUUUUGGUCAGCAGAAAAAUAACAGUGGAAAUCUGGAUCUGCAGGAGGAAGGGAAGAGUUCUAGAAACGGUGAAUAUGUGGAUAAAUAUAAAAGAUAUAUUUCUUAUUUUAAAAUCUUAAAAGGUAACAGCCCUGCCUUUGCUGGUGUGGUUCAAUCAAUUGUUGGCCUGCGAACAAAAAAGGUUUGCCGGCUUGAUUCCAGUCAGAGCACAUGCCUGGGUUGUGGGCUGGGUCCCCAGUAGCGGGUGUAGGAGAGGCAACUGAUCAAUGUAUCUCCUGUGUGUCGAUGUUUCUCUCCCUCUUUCUCCCUCCCUCCCCCUCUAAAAAGAAAUAAAAUCUUUAAAAGUAAAUAAAUAAAAGGUAAUGGUCCUGCUUAUAGCCACAGCAAUGACAGUGUAUUUUAGGUUAUGAUCUACUUAGAAGUGACCACAAUGGUGUGUAAGUAGGAACCUUUAAAAACAGCUGAAUAGACUGCAUUGCCUGAACCAGAAACCUGUUUGCUCGAGGCUCAGUGUGACUUGUGUUUGCAGCAGCUGCACGAAGUUGUUCUAUGUGCUGUGGAUCUGUACAUGUGCCUACUGUUCUCUGUGUCUCCUAUCCAUUUUCUUCUCCGCUCUGCGUCCCAAGGGCUGUCCCCCAGGGACUGCUUGGCUAGGGUUUCUGCUUAGGUCGAACAUGGGAGGUACUUGUAUGACAUGAGCCGGUGGGAGGCAGAGGCUGGAGUGUUUGCUUGUCUCUCCUGCUGGCGCACAGUUUGGCAGCAUCUCUCCCUGUGUCACUGCAGCUCCCAGUGGGAGCCUCAGCUUUAGUUUGGGACGUCCCUCUCCUUGCUCUUCAGACUUAAGGGUGAUCACUGCUUCUCACUGCUUCACCUGGUCAGUUUCCUUAAUUCUGAACACGCUGUAAAUAGUCCCUUUAUGAAAUGUUCUUCAGCUAGUAUUCUGAGUACAUGUGUUUAAUGAUGAGCAUCAGUUACUAGUAUUUGUGUCUCACGGGGAACAGAUGGACAUCUAUCAAGCUUUUCCUCAUUAAAUAUCAAUAUUUUGUGUUUUAACAACUCAGUAAAAAUUACAACAAAUAUCAAAGUGGUUUUAGUUAUAAACAGAAAUGCUCAGAAGGUUGCCAUCUGCUACAUAUGCAGGUGGUCUGGCCACUGUUACCCUUCUUCAGUAAUAUCACCAAAAUAUUUAUAACAUCUCAUGCUACCUCUGGGUUAGCCAAACAACUGACAAGAAAGCAGUUAGUAUGUUAAUUAUGUACGUGUAAGAAAAAAUGACAACCUACGACUGAGUGAAGAAAGGAAGGAGCGAUGGACUGUACUUCCCAGUACUCAUUUUUAAAAACUGUGCUGUGCAAUUAAACAUCCUCAUUCCAUAUUCUGCUGUUCUUAUUCUGUACAAUGCAUGCAGUCUGUAACCACAGACAAGAUUUUCAUUUCUGUAGUCACAGUUACUUUGGAGAAUCUCCCCAAAGGCUCCACACCAGUUCCCAUCACAAACUAUGUCAGAACAUCACCAUUGCUCAGAUCAAACCCGACCUGCUGCCCUCACCACCUUGUGAGGCCCAGUGAGUGUGGAUGCAACAGAGGCCUGGCGCCGACAGCACCGUCCCAUCCGAGUCAGACACCUUUCAGCCAUCUCACCUGCCUCCUCUCACCAGCUCACAAGCCUCGUUGGAAGCGAGAGAACUGCCAUCCAGCUACACGCACAGUAGUGUCUUCUCUUCCAGUUGGUUCUGCAUCUUAAUCUGCGCGUUGAAGGAGCUUCUCAUGCAGGUUUUCCAUUUUGUGUAAGUCUGGGAGGCACCAUUCACAACACUGUCUGGGUUAAUCCAAUUUGGUAUCACUCUGGCCCCGAGAUUAUGGGAUCAGCCAGCAAGUGAAAAAAAUCCUGAGGCUUGGGCCUAGUUGGAAUAGUGUGGUGACAGCCCCCUGUGACCAUUUCGCUGCCACAGUGCUGUGUGAUCUAUGCAUGAUAAUAAAGUGGUUCCCACCAUCAGGAUCCUUCCCACCCCCUUUACACCACAUGGUGAAGGGAGAAGCUAUUCUCACUCUCAUUAUCUUAGGACAUUUUAUUUAUCUCAUGAUGUCUGUCUGCAACUUAGAAGCAGGCUGUGCAGCAGCUCAAAAGAAUGAAAUGCAACUGAAUUACCACUAAAAGUGCUUUCCCCUACAUUGCUGUUUCCUUCCAUCACCUUGUGGACCUUAAAUGUAGUCAGUUUGUCCUGAGGCCAAAUCUGUGGGUUUGGGGUGCCAUCUGAUCGUUCUUUCUCUUCUUUGUGGGGUCUUUGCAGUUUGGGUCAGUCAGUACUCACUGUAUCCAGGUACUGUUGGCAUCUUGUCGCUAAGGCUUGCUUAUAGAAUUCUAAGAUUAAAUAAACACAGAGCAACAAAUUUACUUAAUACCUAAAUCAUUCUAUUUAGGUAUUUAUCAACAUGUAGAAUGUUAAAGGUGCUCAACAAAGAGAAGGUAGCUAUAAAAGCAGUCACUGCUGAGAUGAUAGGAAGAGAGACAUAUAAGUGACAUUUGUAACUUGAGUUUCUCAUCUGAAGCAUUCCUAUCAUGGAAAAUUAUUUAUUUAAAAGAAAUCAAGCUCAGAGUCACACAAAGAUGUGGGAAGCGGGUUGGCAUUGGCUACGAUUAUGGGACAGGGGAGCAUUUCAACCCCAGAUGGCCAUGCGGGUUUACCCCAGACUGCAAACACAGGCCAGCUCCAAGGGUGUAAGCAAGUUCCAUACAUUUAUCCUCUUGUGUGUAAUGUCAAGAAGCAGAAUGUGUCACGUGAUGAUGUCUGAGAUCUGGGUCCAGCUGUGCUUCCCAUACAGGGAUGGGGUCAACAACUAAAGACAAAGGUCAGGUUGCUGUUCUUUCAGGGACGCACAAUCUCUGUUAGCUGCCGACAUUAGUUCCCACCAACACUGCACCUCGGGGUCUGGGGGCUGCCCUGGUCAGACCUAUUGCUGACACUUCCCUGUGUGCCCACAUGUUUACUGAGUAAACGGUUUGGUGAGUGAACAUGAUUGAGUGUGAUCAUUAUGAACAAUAAACUCUGGCUUCCAUCCCAGCUCGGUCUCCCAAACCUAACCUGAACCCCCGCCAGCUUCCAGCACGUAUGAUCAGAUACACCUAAACAUCCAGUGAAAAGCUCCUCCUGACUCCAUUUUUAUUGGUGGUAUUAACAUGCCACCAAGCCCUUCACUCACCUAGCUGGGGUCUGGCAUUUGGGCAGAGGGAAAACUGCUUUUUUGCAAACUAAACUUGGGGACUCCCUUAACUGUCCGAGGCUUAAAAGAGUAGAGUCCUCACAGCUUAGCUGUGCUAUGAAUAUAAUUUCCAAAAAAGUAGAGAAGAGGCACCAUGUGUAAGUGCAGCUGCAUGCAUGCUGUGCCUUCUGAAGACAAGGGUCUGGGUGGGACUGCAGACAGUUAACAGUUGGAAAUGCCCAUCGGUAUUACCUAACUCAAGACUCAAACAGGUGGGCAGUAUCUUGCCAAAGAUCACUUAGUGGCAGUGGGAACCCACAUUCCCAGGCCCAGGGCUCCGCCGAUGGGACACGCAGUUGUCCUUGGCUUUCAUUUUGUCUGAAUGCCUUCCACCUCACUGGCACACACACGGCCAGUUCCCAGCUUUGAUCAGUGCCUGAGUGUGGGUGUUAAACUGCAUGUUGUUGCCUUGUUGACAGGGUUUCUGAUGGAGGGAAUGAGAACUCACAAACUCUGGCAUUUGUUAAUGCAGUGGCAUCUUUCUGUGUGUGGGGUGGGGGUGCUUGUGCUACAUUAAGCUCUGUGCUUAGUGCUUUACUUUUUUUAAAGCUUUUAGCUCAGUACUAACUCUGAGGUGCUUUGAUACACCAAGGUCACUCGGCUACCAAGUGGCAGAGUUGGGUUUGAAUCCCCCUAUCUCCCUAAAAGUGAAGCACUCUUUAUGAUACUACUAUUAAUUACUCUGUAGUCAUCCCUGUUUAAAACAGCUAUUUUCUCCAAGUAGCUCAAAACUCGUACAUUUACAUUAUUCCACAGACUAAAGCCCGAAAGGACUGAGGGUCUGGAAAAGUCAGAAGCACAAGAGGCAUGUCUCAUUUGCAUUACUAAUUAUUUUACUACUGUGUAGUCUUUGACAGAUAAAGCUUUUUGGGUCUCCAGUUUCCCAAUCUUUAAAAUUAAAACAGGACCUUGGAGUGGUCUUACGGUGUCUGAUCCAUCCUGUUCUGGGCCCAUGAAUCACAGCCCACCUCUCCUUCUUGUGAGUGUGAUUGUCUGACUUACUGACCAAAGCCAUGUUCUGUCCUUCCGGACACAGUGAGUGCCCAGGUUCUGAGCAUGUGUGGCUCAAGUGUAUUCACCAAGACUGUAUAAAACGGGUCCUGGAGAGCAGUGGCCUCCCUUUGGAUUUGAAAACUGGAAAGUGGGGCAGCGCUUGGUCAUCCUCCCUACUUGUACAGAGACCCUGUCUUCAGGAUAAAGGAUUCCAAGACCUAAAAUGAAGCAGAGAGAGGCAGAAAAAUGAGUGUGCAGAAAAAAGUCCCAGUGAUGUCCUUUGAGGUAUGGUCUGUCCAUUUUUCAUGAUUGUCCAUUGACUAAAGAAUGUAUUUAACUAGCAGAUGUUUUCUUGUUUUUAUAUAAUGUUGGCUAUAGAACAAGGCUUACUAUCAGUUAAACAAAUAGGUUGAUGUUUUAAACAAAAUUGGUUGCAUGCGAAAUACAGUCUGAAUAGCACCGAGGAAAAGGACUCAGCACAUUCACUGUACUGCUGAGGUUAGGUUGCGGCUCCACCUGCAUCUUCCUUUCUUCGUGGCUGCAAUUCCAGUCGUCAUUGACGCCAUUUGCCUUUCAGCAACGGGAUUUUAUUUUUGCUUACAUCUUAACAAAUAUGUCCCCUAAUUUCAUUACCUGGUAUUUCCACAGAUACAGGAAUUGAGGAGAUUUUCUUUUUAAAGAUUUUAUUUAUUUACUUUUAGAGAGGGGAAGGGAGGGA